AUGCGCUGCUUCUGCUUCGCAGUCCAUCUCCUGCCCACGGGCCUCCUCAUCAGCGUGGCAGCGGCACUCCAACUCCCCGACCUGCAGCCAUUCCUCUCAGCCCUACCCAAUCUCCUGCAGGACUGGAUUCCACAGGCGCUGCAGAAUGACACAGCUCACGAGCUGUUGAAGAGACAAUACAGCAACACCUGCCCGACAGGCUUUGCAUCGUGCGCCAACCUCGGCGCGCCCCAGCUGUGCUGCAUGUCCAGCGCCGUCUGUUCGGCUGACUAUGCUGGGCACGUUGCUUGCUGUCCCUCGGGCGCAGCUUGUACCGGCACGAUCACGGGUAUUGUAUCGUCUGGCACGAUGAACGGCGAUGGUGUCAUUGUAGGAGGAGGAGCUGCGGCAACGGGCACAUCGAAUGGUGGUGGCCUGGUUGGGGGCCCGAGUGCCACAACCACGAGCUUCCAGUUCGCGAGCAGUACACAAUCGAACAAUGGUGGCUUGGUGGAAGCUACGACGACAGGGAAUGGCUUUAUCGUGGCUGGAUCUAGCACAGUUGCGACUCCAGGCGCGGGCGUCAGGACGGCAGAUAUCCCAUAUGCGAUCAAGGUCGUGCUCAACAUGUUGGAUUAUUUACCAAUCUAG